CAGUCAACGUAUGGGACGGCAGUAGAUAUUAUAAUACACAAGUUCAUUCGCGUUACACAUCAAGAUGAGAUUUGGAUGCCCCUUGCAUCAAUAAUGGCAUCUGCAUUGAUGGAUUGCGGUAUAAUAUUCUGUUUCUGCAAUUCUAAUUUGAGUAUCUGAAUCAAAGGGGAGCAGCAGAUCUUCAUUGGAUGAAUGAAACCUGGGAGUGCCAGAAAUCUUGGAACUGAAACCUGUGUGUUGAGCGUUUGGGUGUGUGUGUGAGCGUGGCAAGAGAGAGAGAGAGAGAGAGAGAGAGAGAGAUGGAAGGGAGAUACUGGUUUCGCAGGGAGGUGGUUCCAUUUUCAGCUGUGUUCGCGGUGGACAGCAUCGCAGUGGGCGUGGCCACACUGUUCAAAGCGGCCAACUCGAGAGGGAUGAGCUACCAUGUGUUCCUCGUCUAUGCUUAUGCCAUCGCUGCUCUUCUUCUUCUUCCUGCUCCUUUCUUCUCUCUCAGAUCAAGAACACUUCCUCCUCUCAGCUUGGCCAUAGCUGCCAAGGUUGGCCUUCUUGGGUUCGUUGGGGGUUUUUCACAGAUUUUGGGCUAUGCUGGGAUUAGUAUGAGCUCUCCAACUCUGGGUUCAGCCAUCAGCAACCUCACUCCGGCUCUCACUUUCAUAUUUGCCUUCCUUUUCAGAUUGGAGGAGGUGUCAUUGAACAGAAGAAGCAGUCAGGCCAAGAUUAUCGGGACUGUAUUGUCAAUUUUCGGCGCAUCUGUCAUCACUCUCUACAAAGGUCCCCCAGUAAAGUUCACUCCGCAACCUUCUCUUUCGCUUUAUCCACUUGGGCACACAUCAAACUCAGACUGGGUCGUUGGGGGGAUUCUCCUCACUGGUGAAUAUAUUUUGGUCACUUUGUGGAUUAUUCUUCUGAAACAGAUAAUGAAGGAUUAUCCAGCGGAAUUUACCGUAAUCUUCUUCUACAAUGUGAUCGUGACCUUCAUGAACGCCAUUGUCUGUUUGAUAACGGAACAUGAUAUGAGUGCUUGGAGGGUGCAAGGUAUAGGGCUGGCCUCCGUAAUAUGCUCGGGCCUCUUUGAGCGAUGCUUAAACAACAUCGUUCACACAUGGGCAAUCCGGCUGAAAGGCCCUUUCUAUGUUGCGAUGUUCAAGCCAUUGUCAAUUCCUGUGGCUGUUGCCAUGGGUGUCUUCUUACUUGGAGACACGCUUCAUCUUGGAAGCAUUAUAGGAGCAAGCAUACUGUCCAUUGGGUUCUAUAUCGUAAUGUGGGGGAAGGCAAAAGAGGAAAUGGUUGAUGAGUCUGUAGAGAGUCUUCAAAAAGCUCCUCUACUGCAAUGAUUGUCAAGACAAAUGAAGUCAGAACAAUUGCUGCAGGUGGAUUGAAAGAUAGCUGCGCCUGGAAACUCUGUAAAAGGUUUCCUCACCCACAGUAAGCCUGCAGAAUUAGGUGUCGCUAUCGUACUUAUCACUGAUCUGAGUCCAAAGAGGUCAAAUCAUGAUUGCCUGGCGAUCCCAAAAUUCAGAUUGCUUGAUCAAACCAUCGAGAGGCGUGGAUCAAGGGCUUCACUCCAAGCACACAACCGAGCUCUGAUGUGCAAGAAUAAUAAGUCUCUUGCUUCCAGUAUAGUCUGUUUUGAUGUGUACAAAUCUUUAGCCAGUAGUUACAGAGUAUGUUUCUUUUUAUUGGAAUAAUGCUGCUCAAAUGUAUUUCAAGUUGAAAAAAGAUGCUGCAAUAAGUAUAAAUGCUAUGCUGGCUGAAAUUAUUAGAGGAAA